AUGGCGUCCAGCACGACGACGGUGACGGCUGCCGAUACUUCUCGGGUCAGUCCCCAGGGAGGUAUUCUCGAAGGAGGAAAUCCGUCUCACUAUGACUCAAAAAACCCCAUCGUGCUAUUUAUUAUUCAGGCCGUGAUCAUUAUCGUGCUCUGCCGCCUGCUCCACUGGCCCCUCUCCAAGAUCCGUCAGCCACGGGUCAUCGCCGAGGUCAUUGGUGGGAUCGUCUUGGGCCCUUCGGUGAUGGGUCGCAUUCCCGGAUUUACCGACGCCAUUUUCCCAAAGCAAAGCAUCCCAAGUCUAAACCUGGUCGCUAACCUGGGUCUGGUCCUCUUCCUGUUUCUCGUCGGCCUGGAGACGGACCUGAGGUUUCUCAUGAGCAACUGGCGCAUCGCUCUCAGCGUUUCUGCGGCGGGGAUGAUUUUGCCUUUUGGACUAGGAUCAGCCAUCUCCUAUGGACUCUACAACGAGUUCCAUGACGAGCCAGGCACAGUACCCAUCCAGUUCGGUACCUAUCUGCUCUUCAUCGGCAUUGCUAUGGCAAUCACUGCUUUCCCCGUUCUGUGUCGAAUCUUGACCGAGUUGAAACUCCUGGGAACCCGAGUCGGCGUGAUUGUUUUGUCCGCCGGAGUGGGCAAUGAUGUCGUCGGCUGGAUUCUGCUUGCGCUCUGCGUAGCGCUGGUAAACGCCGGCAGCGGGAUCACGGCGCUGUGGGUGUUGCUGGUCUGCGCAGGAUACAUGCUCUUUUUAACCUUUGCCUUCCGUCCGCUAUUCCUUCGCUUCUUGGAGCGUACGGGUAGCUUGCAAAAAGGGCCCAGCCAGUCUGUGGUGACUUUGACCUUGCUCAUCGCCCUUGCCUCGGCGUUCUUCACACAAGCUAUCGGAGUCCACGCCAUCUUUGGCGGGUUCGUCAUUGGCUUGAUUUGCCCACACAAAGGAGGAUUCGCUAUCAAGCUGACAGAGAAAAUCGAGGACCUGGUCGCCGCUCUCUUUCUGCCCCUGUACUUCACUUUGUCGGGGCUGAGCACCAACCUGGGUCUCCUUGACAGUGGGACCGUCUGGGGCUACGUGGUCGGUGUGAUAGCCAUCGCCUUUAUCGCCAAGGUGACAGGAGGCGCUCUGGCAUCCCGCGCCUGUGGAUUGCUGUGGCGAGAAAGCUUCUCGAUUGGCGUGCUCAUGAGCUGUAAAGGAUUGGUUGAAUUGAUUAAUAUUGGCCUUCAAGCCAAAAUCCUCACGACGCGCACAUUCACCAUUUUUGUAGUGAUGGCCCUAGUUACAACAUUUCUCACCACUCCUUUAACUACUGCGCUUUACCCAAACUGGUACCAGGUCAAAGUCGAGCGUUGGCGACGCGGGGAGAUUGACUGGGCCGGUAAUCCCGUGCAACAAGAAGAUCGAUCUGAUAGUGUGACGGUUGCCAAGGACCAGCUGAAGUCAGUCCCUGUGCGCAAGCUGCUGGUUUACCUUCGUCUGGACGGUCUUUCUGGUAUCUGCACUUUGGCAGCUCUCCUCAGUUCUAACCGCGUAGCCUCCUUGCUACCACGAGUACACCCAGCCAAUGUGCCCAAGCAGACCGACCAGAAUGUUGAGGAUGCUGUUACCCCUGCAGAAAACGAGGAAGAGACCGCGUUGCGAGUGCAUGGUGUCCGCCUCAUGGAACUGACCGAUCGUGACUCGAGUGUCAUGAAAGUCUCAGCUGCGGGCGAGCAUGCGCUUUGGGAUCCUGUUGUCAACACCUUCCGGGCCUUUGGCGAGUGGCAUGACCUGUUGCUCAUGGCGGGGGUAUCUGUGGUACCCGAGUACUCGUAUGCCGAUACUGUGAUUGGCAUGGCGCGUCAAGACACCGCCGAUCUCCUUCUCCUCCCAUGGAGCGAAACGGGAACGUUGGCAGACCGACAGAACGGCCUGGAUGUUGAUGAGGCGGGCCGGUUCGCAAAUGGGCCAUACACAGACUUCGUCUCCAAUAUCCUGGAACGUGUUCCCGGCCAUGUGGGGAUAUUGAUUGAACGAAGCCUUGAGACACAAUCCGCGGCCGCGAAACGUCUUGCGACCAAGCGCUCGACCGGUGCCAUGAGUAUCCAAAGUUCUCUUUGGACUAGACCACCUACUGGCAAUCGCUCGCACCACAUUGUUCUCCCGUUUUUUGGUGACGAGGAUGAUCGAUUCGCGCUCCGCUUUGUUCUUCAGCUGGCCCAGAACGACCAAGUCACAGCUACGAUCAUUCAAUUCGGAUCAUUGAAUGCUGAAGUGGCCAAAGCUACCAUGUCUACCACGAUUUCCGCGUCUAGUUCGAACGCACGACCUCAGGCGACACCGGGCCAUCCAUCUGAUCUUGUCUUUUUCGAGACCUUGCGCGAUUCGGUGCCCACCGAGCUGAAGGAGCGUGUCGUGUUCCGACAGCCCGCUGCCCAGGAAAGUAUCAGCGAUCCGGUUCGAUUAGCGGUGGCGGCUGUAAGAGAAGAGCUCGACCCGGCCCUCCACAAAGCCAACAGCAUUGUCGUAGUCGGCCGUGGGAGUACCCCAGCUCAAGAUUUGAACUCUACCUUUGAGGACGGCAUUGGAACCGACACCCGCCGGGCCCUGGGGUCGGUAGGUACAGCGAUGGUGCAGCCUGAAAAUAAGAUCUUCGGCAGUGUCUUGGUUCUCCAAGCUGGGUCAGAGGCCGCAUUAUUUAGUGAUUACCGGUGA